GUGGUGUCACCGUUCGCAUUUGGCGAUAUACUCCCAUAUAUGCUCUUGUUAGCACGCAUGCUCUGCCCAGUGCAUUCAAUGGUAGUCCCAAUCAUCAUUUAUUCACAUCUGUUCAUGGUUUCAUCUCAAAAGAUCCAACUUUUGAGCGCAUAUUUCUGGGAGUGGAACGCAGCCUAGAGUGUCGGUGCAAUGCUGAUAAAGGAACCAGGUGUCAAUAGGGAGACACAACAAAGAGGACGUUUCCAGGGAGACUGAAGGGCACCUCCUCCACCGACACAGCUCCAGUCUUUCUGUGGAGAUAGCGGAAUAACGCAGAGAAGCUGGACGCCGGGUGGAAAUCCUUUGAGGAAAGUUCCCCUCCCCCAUUGCAUUCCCCUUCACCGGUCGACAGCCUUCGGAGCCCCGUGCAUUCCCAGAGGACGAGGAUUGUCUUCUGUCCAGCCCCGGGAGGGCACCGGCCUCCGUCUGCGACACGCCAGACCCCAGGUGAGGGGACUUGAAUGCUUCCGUUUUCCGAUGGAAAUCUCCAGGGGAUCUGAGCAAAACACAAACAGCCCAUUGUAAGAACUGAGAGAGCCCAGCCAGUUCAGCAAAAAGCGCCACGUUACUAUGAAACAAGAUGGGGACCAUUAAGGAUCUCAACAGUUUGCAGCUUUCAGUAUCAGAUCCAGUUGAGAUGGAGAAUAGGGGCACGCCGGAGGCUGGCAUUGUUGUUGCCUCCUGUCAAAACCAAGAGGAGAAAGAUGGGAAACCUGCGACUCAGUCCAACUGCCCUCCUCUUUGUUCCAACACUUACCCGGCCAACAAUCUGGACGAUAUGAGCAUCAGCCAUCCGCCAGACACCAGCGCUAACGUGGCUGAAUGUGCCAACGCAGAAAUGGACAAGCCCAGCAAAACCCCAGGGCAAGCGUUGGAUUUAAGCCAAGAACGGGGCCAGGAAGAAUCCAGUGACAACUUCGGCAACAGCACUGCCGACAUUAACACAGAAGUAGAUCAAAAUAGGAAAGAAACCACAAAGUUAGGUAUUGACAGCUCAGACCCCAAAAUCGAGGUCCCCUUAGAGGGAUGUGGCCAAGAGACCAGGAGAACGGAAACAGACCACUGCAGUGACCUCCAGCAGCCCUCUGAUCUGUCAGAGAUACCGACAACUAACGUUGACUCGACCUUUCAGCCGGAUAGGAACGUGACAGAAAAUGACCAGCAAAGCGAGGUAGAGAAUAAAGACUUGGAGACGGUUGUAUGCUAUUCACAGACAUCUAUGUCUGCAUCGACAAGCCAAGACGCUGAGGUGCAGGUAGCAAUCCAAGUGCAGAGCAGGUCAGUUGCUACCAGCCCUAUGGCUCCUCUAGAUAACUGUCCAGUAUUUAAAAUUCCUGACGUCAGCUUAAGAGGUCAACCAGUUGAAAAGCCAACCGCUUCUCCAUCAGAUAUGCCAUCUGUUACUGCACCACCGAAAAAAGAUGUUGAAAUGCAAGUGGAUAUAACAGUGCAGUGUAAAUCAGUUGCCACUGGCCCAAUGACACCAUUAGAGAAGACUCCAUUGCCCACCCUCCCUGAAGUUGGUGUAGAGGCCAUGGAAGAGGAGCAACCAGAGCCAGUGCGUGAGGUCCAGUGGGAUGAAAAAGGUAUGACGUGGGAAGUCUAUGGAGCAUCCAUGGAUGCAGAAGUCCUUGGACUAGCUAUCCAGAAACAUUUGGAAAAACAAAUAGAGGAGCAUGGCAAGCAAAAUAUUGAGGUGUACCAAAAUGAUAAAUCUAGUUCAUUGAAAGGAUCUUUGAGAAAGGAAGAAAAUAAGAGAAGACAGAGCAAUGUUUUUCAGGCAGUUCUACACAACAUUAGAAGUCCACAGUGUUGUAUUCGUGGGAGCACUGCAGCUGAGUGAUUAUAUCUUUGAUCAGGACUGUUGACAAAUGGUUGCAAAAUCUGAAAAAGGUUGUCUCAUUAGUACAUUUCCUUUUGUUUCUAACCUUUUUCACGUUUUGCCUGAGCAAAUUAAUAAAGUAGCAAGAUUAAUCUGCUUCACACAUAAAUAAAAGAUUAUAAAUACAUAGACAAGUGAAGCAUGAAUAUGCUUGCAGCUGAAAAUCUGUUUUACUUGUUUAUGUAUCUAUCUUAACUAAUUUUAAACAACAGUGUUUUGUAUUUCAUAAUAUUUAAGAAAUAUGUGUGUAACAGUAAACAUAGGUCCAUUGAUUUAACAAAAAAAUAGAUAUGAAGUGCCAUUUUCUCCCCAUCACUUGGUCUUGCUGGUUGCUGUCUAGCUACCGGCAAAAGGCUGGUUGGCAGAAUGGAUCUCUGGCAUCAUCCACCACGUGUUCUGAAACAGUCCUCUUUGAAGUGCUUGGCAGUUCCCCAGGAAUAACCUAGCCUUCCUUAUUUCUCUGCAGUCUACUUUGUCUGUAGGGAAUCACUGGCCUCGUAUUAGUGUCUCCCUCGCACUGGUGCCAUGGUUUGUAAUAGACAAUCAAAAUCAGUUUCAUAGGAUUUUGUCAUGUCAAUAGUUAAUAUUUAUUGGGCUGCACUACCAUAUCAUCAAAAAUAAAUUUAUUUGAAAGUAGGACUGAUUUUUAUUUUUUUAUUUUUGUAUUUCCAGAAAAAACAUGUGACCCUUUUUAAAAAGAAAUGGGAUUGCAUAAUUAACUAAACCCUCCAGGUAACAGGCAAAUUAAUUCUAAUUUAUACAAAAUGGAGACUUCUCAAAAAGCUUUUUAAAACUUUAACUGAAAAUAGUAGGCUUGCAGCCAGAAACCACAAGAAAAAGUGAACACAAAAUUAUUCAACAUUUGAUGGUAUUUUGAGAUUAGUUACACAGAAUCUGAAUAGAAUCCUGUUACCAUUUGACAAUUUACAUUUCUAUCUUUCUAACUCUUUCUAGCUUUCAGUUUGGCUCUUAUUCUAAUUGAAUUUAACUUGUCAGUUGAACACAUAAAAGAAUCACCCAGAAACAUAUAGUUGCCUCAUUUUAAUUGAUGUGUGAAGCCAUUUUUCUUAUGUAAUAAUCUACUAGUUGUUUUUAGAAUUGAGUAGUAUGUAUGCCGGUAUAAUUAUAGACUCAAGGUUUUGUAUUUUGUCACUUCAAAUGAUAUAUUGUUAUUAUUGAUAUUUCAGAUUCCCAAAAGCUGAAAAUGGAAGGAAGUAGCUGCUGAAUGUAAUGAUGUGUGUUUGAAUUGAUCCUUUGGGUACUAUUUGUUGAAUGGAUAGAAAUAACCAUCCAAUGUUAUGGUUUACUUCAUCCUCUCAUUGGAGAAAUCUGUAGUGUUUCUAUGUUAAUUUGUUUUCCUUUGUGGAAAAUGCUCCCUGGAUUCACUUAAUAUAAUCUUUCUGUAAAACCUUGGUGUUUUGUGACUAAUCUCAAUGCCAGAAGUUGUUUCUUAAAAAAACAUGUCAAGGUCUAGUUUCUGUUCUAUUGUCAUUAUCAUUUUCUGAGUAGGUUGUUAAAAUAAUGUAAUCGCAAUUGUUACAAAACACAAUAAAAAUGGGAUAGAUUGAAAUAUCA